UCCUUUGCUUCUCUCUUCGAGGUAGGAGAGAUGAUUGGGUCCGGGGGAUUUGGCAGGGUGUACGAGGGAAUGCGGAAACUUGAUGGCAAAAAGGUUGCCAUCAAGCAGAUCAGCAAGACUGACAACAAUCGUUAUCUUGCUAUACCUGGGCAUCCCGAACCUCUCGUAACAGAAGUGGCGCUGCUUCUAAUGAUGAGGCAAGAACCCAGAAGCCCCCACGUCAUACAGCUGUACGAGUGGUUUGAACACCCUCGAAAAUUCACUCUCGUCAUGGAGUACCCCGAACCUUGUGAGAGCUUGUUGGACUUAAUGCACCGUAGCUUUGAGCUUGAUGAACCAACGGCACAGGUCAUCAUGAGACAGGCUGUGCUGGCAGUACAACACUGCAUCGAACAUGGCGUCUUUCAUAAUGACAUUCAUCCGGGAAACUUCCUGAUCAACAAAAACACGCUAGAGCUCAAGCUGAUUGACUUUGGGUGCGGUCAGCUUCUUAGUAGUGACGGCUACGAGAGCAGAGUAUACUUUGGAUUAAGAACUUACUACCCACCUGAAGUCUUCACGGAUAGGAGAUUCCACGCCGUCCCAACAAAUGCCUGGGCUCUAGGCGUGUUGUUAUAUGAGAUGACGAACGCAUGUCCUCCUUUUGUCAGUAGAAAGGAACUCACACGGGGCAACGUUAUAUUUGUGAACCCCAACUUAUCCAAAGGAAAUCACAAACUUGCUGUCCUUGGUGGAGGGCUUGAGCUCGUGACGUGACCCGAAGCUCGAAAUCCAACUCGCCAGGGAACUCACGCCGCCACACCAGAGAGCUCAGAGCCUGGCAACACGGGGGAUCUUGCGGACAGUAAAUCAAUCAAGAAAAAUUUGGGAUGUGCGGACUGGAGCGGUUCAAAAGCCACACCAGGCCGCUCCGCUUAUUAUCGCUCGGCGCUUAACGCAGUUUGCUUCGCGCUCCACUCAAAUCGGCAUGAAUUUGUAUUUCAAAGAACUAAAGACCAACAACAACAUUUUCCAAACAGAAAUGUUUCAUUUCAAAUUACAUAUUAGGAC